AGUUGUCCGCUGGGUUUGGAGCGAAUUGUCAAAAGGGAAGAAAACCGAAUAUUAUUUUUGCAUAUUUUUCACUCAUUUUCCAUGGAUAUUAUUUUGAAAGUCAUGUAGAAUUGUGCCGAAACAUCUUAUUGGGAAUCUCGUGUGUGCAAACGUGUAGAAUAGAAUGGUGCAAAUGUGAAGGGUGGCAGUGAAAAAAGCAAAAAUAGUGAAAAUCAGCAGUGGGACAAGGGGGAGCAAAGUUGUGAAAAUGGCCUCCUGCACAAAAUGCUUCAAUGAUAUCUUCACAAAUCUUCUGAGGAUACACUUUAGCACAGAGGAGCUGGAGCAGCGGUACAAGUCGCGUGAGAUUGAUAAGCUCCUGGAGAAGGACAAGCAUGCCUUCCGGAGACAGGUUAAAUUACUUCUUCUCGGUGCUGGUGAAUCAGGCAAAUCCACAUUCCUCAAGCAAAUGCGAAUCAUCCACAACGUCAAAUUCGAAGCAGAGCUGAUUCGGGAGUAUCAGCUGGUCAUUUACCAGAAUAUUAUCAAAGGGAUGCAAGUUCUCGUGGAUGCAAGAGAAAAAUUGGAUAUUCCAUGGGAGCAUCCAACAUCGGAAUUGGCAGCAAAUAAAGUGAAACUCUUCCAUGGGACUGGCAUUGAUCAGGAACAAUUUGCCCAAUAUACACCAACAAUUCACGUCCUGUGGCAGGAUAGAGCCAUAAAGAAGGCCUAUGAUAGACGGAGAGAAUUUCAAAUUAGUGACUCUGUGAGCUACUUUCUCGAUGAAUUGGAACGAAUAGCGAGAUUCGACUAUGUUCCAUCAACGAAAGACAUUCUUCACUGUCGGAAGGCGACGAAGGGUGUCUAUGAGUUCACAAUUCGAAUACAGAACAUUCCAUUUCUGUUCGUGGACGUGGGUGGUCAACGGACGCAACGUCAAAAGUGGACAAAAUGUUUCGACAGCUCCGUGACGUCCAUCAUAUUCCUCGUGUCAACAUCGGAGUUUGAUCAGGUGCUGGCGGAGGAUCGCAAAACGAAUCGCCUGGAGGAGUCCAAGAAUAUCUUUGAUACAAUCGUGAAUAAUGUGGCAUUUCAGAAGAUAUCCAUCAUCUUGUUCCUAAACAAGACGGACCUUUUGGCACUCAAGGUGCGCAAUCCUGAGACUGAUAUUCGCUGGUACUACCCCCAAUUCACCGGCAAUCCUCACUCAAUUCUCGAUGUACAAAAUUUCAUAUUGCAAAUGUUCAUGAAUGUGCGUCGCAAUCAGCGAUCAGCUGCCAUUUAUCAUCACUUCACCAAUGCUGUGGACACACAAAAUAUCCAGGUGGUCUUCAAUUCCGUCAAGGAUACCAUCCUCCAACGGAAUCUCGCUGCUCUCAUGCUUCAAUGAAAUGUCCCCCACCAACCCAAUUGCAAAGGUAAGAGAGGAGCAUUGUGUUGCAUUAAUAAUAAUUAAUACUACUAGGGGUUUACCAAUACAACGAGCAAUUUCUUCUCUCUAUUUGAAAAUCCUCAAAAAAGGAGCUUUAAAAAAUAAAAAUAAGCAAUAAGUUUGCAAAUUAUGAUAUUGCUUAUAAAUGUGCCUAUUCAUGCUCUUAUAUUUUAUUAUUUUUUUUGAGAAUAUAAAGAAAACAAACGUAAUUUUGUAGAGGAUCAAGAAAGAAUCAAAAAUUGCCAAACAGAAGUAUUUUUAAUUUUGAUCAAAGGAAAAAUAUAAACAAAGAUUUAAUCAGAAAUAAAAACUCUGACGUUACUAUAUUGAUUUUUUGUACCUUUAAGCGCAAGAAACAUUCGUACUAAUAUUUCGUAGGUAUUCUUAAACCCUUUAAAACCGCAUGAAACAUAGAAAGAUUUUGUUUUCUUUACGAUAUUUAUCUGUGGAUGCUCUGAAAAAUAUUUUUCAAUUAAAAGAAUUUCCUUAAACUCUUGUAGGUAUUAAACCUUAUUUAAAUAUUUUUUUAAAAAAAUGUUCAUAAAUUUGCACAAUCGUGGGGUUAAUUUAAUAGUUUAUUCAUCUAAGAAACAUUGGGGUGAAUGUUUCACACAUUUAAACAGGCAAAGAAAAACGAUUUAAUUUUUUCAGUUUCCAGCAAACAUUUGUUGAUUUUUCUUAGCUGGUUCCAAAGUAUAAUGCUGUUUGACAAUUUCUAUUUCUUAUCUUCAGGCUUUAUUAGAACUUUUUAAAAAUGUUUCAUCUAAUUUUUAUUUAAAACACUAAUAAAAUUUGAUAACAAAAAAAAUUUGAAAGCUUUCUCAUAGUUUGCAAAUCUUUAGUCAUGAGAAUUUCCUUAAAUAUACUUGUUGCUCAAUAAAAACCCCUGUAACGACAUUUUAUUUACCUGUACCAAAUAUUCAAGGAAAUGGCAUAGAGAAGACAAUGCUCGUUGUGUGAACUCCACUGUACAUUUCUUUUUCUGCCAAGAGGAUAUUUUUGCCAUAAAGGAAAGAAAGAUAUACUAGAUAGGAAAUAAAAGCAUGUGCAUAUUGAAGGAAGGAAAGAAGGGAAGGAAAAGUGGAAAGGAAAAAUCAUAUUUAUGAAUAUUUUUUUCAUACCAGACCAAAAAUUAUUAAACAUUACAUUUUUAAUCCAUUUAUCGAGUAAGAAAGAAAAAAAAGUAUGCAGGUAUGGGCGAUAAGAAAAGGGAAAAUAUUAUUGAAAAGAAAAAAAAAAACGCACGCGAAUAAAAAAGAUCUUACAAAAAGAAUUUUGUUGACACUCAAAACAAGGCUAAUUUUUGUGCCUUCUUUUUUUACGAUUUUUGCUAAAAUGAUGAAAUUUUUUAGGAGGAACUCUCUUUUUAAUAAAAAACAAAUUAAUACGUAUAAAAUAUAAUUAUUAAUAUAAAAAAAAAUUACUGAGCUAAUGCCAACAUUUUUAAAGUAAAGUUUUAAAAAAAAAAAAAGAUUUUUUUAAUGGUCAAAAUUGAAAAUUUUGUAAUCUCGAGAGAAAAAAAAAUGUGAUAUAAUUAAUAAUUAAAAACAAGAAAAAGAUGGAAAAAAUUUUACACAAAAAGCAAAACUUUUGUCUUCGUCUUUGAACAUUUUUUUUUAAAUUAAAAAGAAACAAACAUAAAUCACAUGAAAAAAGAAAAUGCAUGCAUAAGUUUCUUUUACAAAAUAAAAUUUAAAAUAUU